CGUCUUUCUAAUCCCAAUAUAUUUUCCUUACCCAAAAAAUCAUACAAUUUGUACUCUUCUAUAUUUUGAUAUACCUCCAAUCAAUGGCUCGUCUCUACGACACCCGCACCACGAUCUUCUCCCCAGAAGGUCGUCUCUACCAGGUGGAGUACGCCAUGGAGUCCGUUUCCCACGCGGGCACCUGUCUGGGAAUCCUGGCCAAGGACGGGGUCCUGUUGGCCGCCGAGCGGAGCACCCACAGGCUCCUGGACACUUCCGUUCCCGCGCCGAAGAUCCUGCGGCUGAGCGAGAGCACGGCCUGCUGCGCGACGGGCAACACGGCGGAUGGAAACCUGCUGACCGGCGAACUGCGCCUGAUCUGCCAGCGGUACCGCUUCGCCUUCGGAGAGGAGAUCCCCUGCGAGCAGCUGGUCUCCCACCUGUGCGACGUCAAGCAGGCGUACACCCAGUACGGCGGGAAGCGUCCCUUCGGAGUCUCCCUGCUCUACAUGGGCUGGGACUCCCGCUUCGGGUUCCAGCUUUACCAAUCCGACCCGAGUGGCAACUACAGCGGGUGGAAGGCCACCUGCAUCGGCCGCAAGUUCGGGGCGGCCAUGGGGAUGCUCCAGCAGGAACUGUACGACAAAUGGUACAAGACCCCGCAGCUGGAGGCCGCCAAGGAUGUGGCCAUGAAGGUGUUGGGCAUGACCAUCGAUUGUUCCACGCUGAACUCCUCGAGGGUGGAAAUAGCCACGUUGCAACGAGUGGAUAACUUUACUUACUACAAAGUCCUGGAAAAGGAGGAGGUUCGAAAGCUGAUCGACAAGUACAACGUGUUGCAAUUGCAAGCCGCCAGAAGAAUGUUAUGCAGGCCAUAGUUUCUUACUCUAAGUUAAAUUUAAUGAUCCUAGUUGAUUUUCGUAUAAGAAGUUGUAUUUUUCCAUAUUUUCACCAAUCGUUCCUAUCGUCCGAUUUUCAUGAAAUCUAAUUCAAUUAUUUUAUAUGCAUAUAAAGCAUACAAACUUUUAGAGUUUUAGAGUUUUGGUCAAUUAUUUUCAAAAUA